UAUCUUUUUUUUUUCAAUCAUAGAGCAUUUGAAGAUGGGGAUAAUCAGAAGCAGCUUCUCUUUUUUGCUGGGAACUGGCUGCGGCAUUUACAUUGCCCAGAAUUACAAUGUUCCGAAUAUAAAGAAGCUUGCGAAUACAUGGCUUUUCGUGGCUAAGCACAUUGAAGAAACUUACAGGAAGCCAAAGCAGAAAGAUGACGAUUAGCCAUUGAUAUGUACUUCCAUACACUUUGAACAAAUGAGAUAAUACUGCAAAAGAUGAAGCACUGGGGAUGCGGUGGUUACUUUUUUGGAGAUCAAAUUUGUCUGCACUUAUCAUCUCACAUAUUGAAGAUUCAAUUAGUGAGCAGGGAUUCGUUUCUGGGAUGCAAACUCUGCAGCAUAGCUUAUUGUGACUGAAUUUCUUCUACUGCUUCUAUAAACCCUUUAUUUUUUUGAGAGAACUUUUGUAAGCUAUGUUAAGACACCUCAUCUUGUGGAUGCUCUAAAUUGCAGCAUAAUCUACAACUAUUGGUAUUUGUUUGCCCGUAUCA